UGUGCAUAUACACGCAUACAUCUACAUUCUUAAACAUCGACAAUGGCUCUUAACAUCGAGAAGGCUACCCCACAGAACACAGUCGUCUCCGACGCGGGCCCCGCCAAUGCUCACCUCUACAAUGGCGCCAACCUCGGGCGUACACUGACCACCGAGACCCAGCCCGCCUUCCCCAUCUACCACCGUCGGUUGGGUAACCCCGCCCCACUCGGUCUCUGGUCAUUCGCCAGCACCACCCUCCUCCUCUCCCUUGUCAACGUCUCAGCGCGUAAUGUUACCGUUCCCAACAUCGUCGUCGGCAUGGCCCUCGGCGUGGGUGGGCUCUGCCAGCUGCUCGCAGGCAUGUGGGAGUUUGCCGCCGGUAACACUUUUGGUGCCACGGCCUUCUCUUCUUAUGGCGGUUUCUGGCUUUCCUUCGCUUGCAUCUACCUUCCCGAUCUUGGCAUCCUCGACGCCUACUCCGGUGCGGCCGCGUCCCAGAUCCCCAACGCAGUCGGCAUGUACCUCAUGUGCUGGUUCAUCGUCACCUUCCUCCUCUUCCUCGGCACCUUCCGCGCCUCUGUCGCUCUCUCGGCUGUCUUCUUCUUCCUUUUCAUCACCUUCAUCCUCCUGGCCGCUGGCGAAUUUACAGGCGAGGCCGCCGUGCACAAAGCUGGCGGUGCAUUCGGCAUCGUGACUGCUCUCGUCGCGUACUACACUGGUGCAGCUGGUCUCUACUCGCCCGAUACGAGUUACUUCAUCCUCCCGAUCGGCGACCUCCCCAAGCUCCGGGACUAGGCGCUCAUUCGAGAGAAGGGAAGAACUACAUGUCAGCAUUAUCCAUUCAGGCCACAUUUUUAGUCCGUUUCAUCGCGUUCUGCCUCUUUGUCUGUUUCCUGCCUCCUUCCUCUGUUGUCCUGUCUGGUCUUGUACGAGUACGGCGCAGCGCUUCGCGAUGCGCUGGGGGUCUCUUCCGGUUCUGGCUGUGUUGGCCUGGGGUGAGAUGUCAUGAGGCCGUAGUCGUUGUAGGCGAGAUAAUCUAUUGUCUGCCUUACUCCG